UCUUUGUAACAGAAAUUCUUGAUGCUCACCGUUGGGAGGACCAAAAUUUUAGCAGCAUUUUUUUAAUUAUAUUGAUUAUAUGGUUUGUAGUUUACUGUUGUGAACCUUCGUCGAUCAAACUUGAACUGCUUUGUUGCAAAAGCUUGCCUUACUGAAGCCUCUCUCUGUCGCUGACAACUAUUUCUAGUAGAAAAAAUAUCUCUUGGAAGAAUGCAAUCUCAUGUGGUGGAUAUAAAGACCAGUGAUGUAUCAGUGAACAUAGAUAUUAAGCCUCUUCAGUUGGAUAAUUUAAAUUACUUCAAUGGUGUUUUAUGCAAGACUCAGGAAGGCUGGAAAAUUGAAGCUGGAUCCUUUACAUGUUUAUUGGAUCAUGGCCCUCUGAAACAUUCUUACACAUUGUACGAGAUUCAUGGCCACAUGGUGAAGGAUUCAUGCCUGGAAUCAUGCCGUAGGCAUUCUGUGGAUGGGAAAGAGUAUGCCGGAGAGCUGCAUCUUCUUCAUAAUUCUUUUUCUCGGAAGUUAGGACCAGAUGAAUUGAACAAAAUCUUGCCUGUCCACAAGACCGUCAUUUGUAUUCUUCUAGAGGAAGGCAAAAUAAACAACGAAUUAUCAAAAUUUACCAACAAAAUGCCAGAACUUAGCUGUACAGAUAAGAAUAUAUACUUAAAUGAUGUUGAUGUAAUCUCUUUGCUCCCAGAAAAACUUGAUUUCUGGAUGUAUGAAGACGAAAUAGUGGGAGCAAAUGAAGAAAAUACAACAUGGAUAAUUUUUAAAAAACCGAUUGAGAUAUCAAAUGAGCAGGUCAAUGCGGUGCUGCCCUCCCCUGGACGAGCAAGUGGACCCGGAAGACCUAUUCAGCCACAUAGCAAAAAGACAAUUACCGAAGGCUAUGCCGUCCUCAAACCUUCAGACUCAUAGUAACUGUUCUGUGGAAAUAUGUUCAAUAUUUGUCGAGCCUAUUAUAUAUUUUAAAAUAAUUUUUAGUAUUUUAAUAAAUAUUUCAGCUUUAUGCAAUUUA